GUGAGCAGCUUCGUGAAGAAAAUGUGGCGGUGCUGCGGAGCGACGGCGACGGUCGGCGCUCGCGAAGGCCGCGUCCGCGUCCGCGUGGGCCGGCGCGGCGACCCCCCCCGCGGGUUCGACGUGGAGGCGGGCCACCUGAACCACCCGCUGUUCCAGGGCCUCCUCCGGUCGUCCGAGGAGGAGUUCGGGUUCUCCUACGAUGGCGCGCUGCGGAUCGCGUGCGAGGUCGACGCGUUCCGGCGCCUCCUCCGCCUCCUCGACGCGAGCCGCCGGGAUGCACCGGCGGAUCGCGCGGCCCUCUCGGACCUCGCUUCCGAGCUGAGCGCGGACGACGAUCCAAGCGUGUGCUCCUUGCCUUCCAGAUGACGAGACCCCAAUUCUCUCUGUUAAAUUUCUUGUGAAUUUUACAGAUGCUUUUCGGUUUUUUUUUUUAAUUUUCUUUUUG